GGCUGGGGGCCGGGAUUCAGGGGCACGGGGACACCGCCGCGGCUGCCCUCCGCCCGGGCCUCAGUUUCCCCAGCCACUCUGCAAGACGACCUGGGGCGGCUGCAUGGAGUAGGCCGGGGCCCCGAUGCCCCCAACUCGGCCCCUUGGGACGGUUGGCAUUGGUGGCUGCGGUUUCUUUGCGCAACCCAGCAGCCUGACUUUCCUGCUGCCUGGCAUCGGGGAGAGGGCGCACUGAGGGGCCCUUAGCGAGGCGGGCAGGCACUCCCUUUAGGGUGCUUGCUAGCUGUUAGUGGGCCGGGGGCAUAGUGAGGGCUGGGGAACUCCGUUUCCCCGCCCGGUCCAGGAUAGGUAUCUGGCUCUGGGGUACCCAGAGGUGCCCUCAUGCAGACCUGCCACACUCUCAGCCAGGCGGGAUUGGAGCGGCCCCCACCAUGGGCUGGGGAGCAGGAGGGAGCUGCACCCCGCGCCCACCCAUCCGCCAACAGCCCUUGUCAGAGCCCCGUGUGAUCACCGUGGUCUUCCUCGGCCUCCUGCUGGAUCUCCUGGCCUUCACUCUGCUGUUGCCUCUGCUGCCAGGGCUGCUGGAGAGCCAUGGCCGUGCCCACGAUCCCCUCUAUGGCUCCUGGCAACAAGGCGUGGACUGGUUUGCCGCAGCCAUCAGGAUGCCAGCGGAGAAGAGGUACAACAGUGUCCUGUUUGGAGGUCUGAUAGGCUCAGUCUUCUCCUUCCUGCAGUUCCUCUUGGCACCAGUCACGGGGGCGGUCUCAGACUGUCUCGGGAGGCGCCCGGUGAUGCUGCUGUCCCUGGGUGAUUGGGGGCAUCAGCAAGGGAAACGUCAGCCUCUCCACAGCCAUCGUAGCCGACCUGGGCUCACCGUCCGCCCGCAGCCGAGGCAUGGCAGUCAUUGGAGUGGCCUUCUCGCUGGCCUUCACGCUGGGCCCCAUGCUUGGCGCCUUCCUGCCAGCGGAGAUGGUGCCCUGGCUCGCUUUGCUCUUUGCUGCCUCCGACCUGUUGUUUAUUUUCUGCUUCCUGCCGGAGACGCUGCCUGCGGAGAAGCGGGCAUCCUCUAUGGGCCCGGGGUUCCAGGCCGCGGCAGACCUGCUCAGCCCCGUGGCCCUGCUCCGUUUCUCGGCCGUGGCCCGUGGCCAGGACCCACCCGCCGGAGACGGGAUCCGUCACCUUCGCCGCCUGGGUCUGGUGUACUUCCUCUACCUCUUCCUGUUCUCGGGUCUCGAGUUCACCCUGAGCUUCCUCGCUCAUCAGCGCUUCCAGUUCAGCAGCCUGCAGCAAGGAAAGAUGUUUUUCUUCAUCGGCCUCACCAUGGCCACCGUGCAGGGCGCCUACGCCCGGAAGAUCAGCCCUGGCAGCGAGAUUGCAGCGGUGAAGCGGGCCAUCUUGCUGCUGGUGCCUGCCUUCCUCCUCAUUGGCUGGGGGCUCACGCUGCCCGUGCUGGGCCUGGGGCUGCUGCUCUACUCCUUCGGCCCCCCAGGUGGGAGGAGACCAGCAAGCACCUGACGGCUUCCUCCCCCCCUCCCCCAAAGGCUUGCCCAGGCAGAAGGGCACGAUCAUGGGCACACUUCGGAGCCUGGGCGCCCUGGCCAGGGCAGUGGGACCCAUGGUGGCCGCCUCAGUGUACUGGCUGGCCGGGGCCAGGGUCUGCUUCACGGUGUGCUCAGGCCUCUUCCUGCUCCCUUUCCUGCUCCUGCGCAACCUGAGGCCUCCAGCCUGCAUGGCACCCAAGGCCGAGUAGUGGACCUAGCCCUGCCCCAAGCUGGGGGGGGGGGGGGGGGGGGGGAAACGGGACCUCUCGCCUCCCCCUGGGGCCCAGCCCUGGCCCCUGCUAGACACUCCAGCAGCUCCGUGGUACGCGCCUGGGCAGUCCUGCCCAUCGUGCUGGGAGCAGGGACUCCCCAACACCUUUCAGGUUUUGUGUUCACUUUUCUCUCAGACACACGGUGUCAGCCAAGCCUCCAAAUGACAAAAUAAAGCAGCUAUUUUAUACCAA